AUGUUUGAGAGAUCAAACACACGGUAUCACCGAAUGUUCAUCACCAGAAUAUCAAUCAUCUUCUUGUUAAUAUCGUUCCUCUCCGUCCUCUCUUGGUUCUUGAUCCUCUCUUCCACAAACCCUAACCGAGUUCUUGAUAACAUCUCAGUCUCAGAACCUACUGAUCCUUCCCCUCUCAUAAUCAUAAAAACCUCAAACAAUUCUCCUGAAGCUGAAUCUCCAAAUCCUAAAAACAGAGGAGCAAAAACAGAGGAAGCCAAAGAAACCCUCCAAUGCAACCAGAAGGUCUCACCUCCUUCUCCACGGCCAUUGAAAGUCUACAUGUAUGAUAUGAGUCCAGAGUUUCACUUUGGGUUAUUAGGUUGGAAACCUGAUAGAAACGGCGGCGUUUGGCCUGACAUUAGAGUCAAUAUUCCUCACCAUCCAGGUGGGCUUAACUUGCAACACAGUGUUGAGUAUUGGCUGACAUUAGAUCUCUUGUUCUCUGAGCUUCCAGAAGAUUCUAGAACCUCUCGUGCCGCGAUACGUGUAAAGAACUAUACUGAAGCUGAUGUAGUCUUUGUACCAUUCUUCUCCUCAUUGAGCUAUAACAGAUUCUCUAAGGUUAACCAAAAAACAAAGAAGAGCCAAGACAAAGAACUACAGGACAAGGUGGUGAAGUUUGUGAUGGCACAAAAGGAGUGGAAGGUCUCAGGAGGGAAAGAUCAUGUAAUAAUGGCGCACCAUCCUAAUAGCAUGUCCACGGCGAGACAUAAGCUCUAUCCAGCUAUGUUUGUGGUAGCUGACUUCGGUAGAUACUCGCCACGUGUAGCUAAUGUUGAUAAAGACAUUGUAGCUCCAUACAAACACCUUGUUCCAUCGUACGUUAACGACACAUCAAGCUUUGAUUCGCGUCCGGUCUUACUCUACUUCCAAGGAGCUAUCUUCCGUAAAGCUGGUGGAUUCGUGAGACAUGAGUUGUAUUACCUUCUGAAAGAAGAAAAAGACGUACACUUCUCCUUUGGAAGUGUGCAAAACCACGGCAUAAGCAAAGCUGGAGAAGGCAUGAGAUCGUCUAAGUUUUGUCUUAACAUAGCUGGAGAUACACCGUCUUCUAACCGUCUCUUUGACGCUAUAGCUAGUCAUUGUGUUCCGGUGAUUAUCAGCGAUGACAUUGAGUUACCUUACGAGGAUGUUCUCAACUACAACGAGUUUUGUAUCUUUGUCCGAGCAUCAGAUGCUUUGAAGAAAGGGUUUUUGUUGGGUCUUGUGAGGAGUAUAGGGAGAGAAGAGUGGAAUAAGAUGUGGAAACGGUUGAAGGAGGUUGAGAGGUACUUUGAUUUUCGUUUUCCGGGGAAGGAUAAUGAUGGAGAUUAUGGUGUUGAGAUGAUUUGGAAAGCUGUAGCGAGGAAGGCACCGUUGGUUAAGAUGAAGGUUCAUAGGUUUCAGAGGUUUACAAGGCCUUUUUUUGAUUUAGUGUAGAGAUAUAAUGAAAUAUAGUUUCAGUUUAACCAUGUGGAAUGUGUCAAACUAGCACCAGUGUAAUCAUUCUACACAUCUUCUCAUGUUGUUCACAAAAAAAUUACUUUCAGCUAAGCAGCUUGUUCUUGUUUAGAUUACAUAACAGAUUCUCUCAUCAUUAUAUAUAACAUCUCUUU